AUGGAAAUGAUCCUUUCCGUCAUAGCUGAUGCUGAAAGGAGGCAAGUGACAGAACAAGCUGUACGCCUUUGGCUUAGAUGGCUGAAAAAUGUUGCUUAUGUUGCUGAGGAUACGAUAGAUGAGUUCUCCUAUGAAACCACGCGUCGGUUACUAAGGGGGAAUAACUUGAAGUAUAGGGCUCGUGAUUUCUUCUCAUCUGCCAACCCACUCGCAUUUCGUUUCAAGAUGGCAAGGAAAAUCAAACAUAUCAAUAAGAGGUUAGAUGAAAUUACCAAAGAUACGAGUAGGUUUUACUUGCAAACUACACCUGCUAGUAACACUUCUGUUCUUCUUGGUGAAAGUAAUGAGCAACGGAGCCGACAAACUGCGUCCUAUAUCAAUGAUUCGGAGGUUAUAGGGUGGGAAGAUGAUAAGGAAAGAAUAAUAAAUAUGUUAACCAAAGUCAUACCAUCGUCAUCAAAAUCAUCUGAUAGGAACUCGGAACAGGUCUCUGUCAUUUCCAUAGUGGGGAUGGGGGGACUUGGUAAAACAAGUCUAGCCCAGCUCGUCUACAAAGAUAAGUUGGUAAAUAAUCAUUUUCAGCAAACAAUGUGGGUCCAUGUAUCUGAAGAUUUUGAUGUGGAAAAGCACUUAACGAAAAUUAUGGAGUCCUCAACUCUUAAAAAGUUUGAUACUUUAUCAAACUUGGAUGUACUAGUUCGUAAAGUUCGAGAACAACUAAAUGGGAAGAGAUAUUUGCUAGUACUCGACGAUUUAUGGAACGAGGAUGCUGAGCAAUGGGAGAUAUUCUGCAAUGCAUUGGUCGUUGGAGCUCAAGGGAGUAAAAUAUUAGAUGAUGUGGCGACAUUCAAGAUGCAUGAUCUUGCCGAGGCGGUUGUCGGAGAUCAUCAAUGCUUGGUUGUCAAGGAUACUGAUCAGUUGGAAAAUAUUCUUGAAGUUCGGCGCUUAAACUUAAUGCUGGAAGAAUUCUCAACAAGCACCAAAACCUUUAGCAAUAUAAAGAAGUUGCGGACGAUUAUCGUUUUUGGGCGGAAAUACUCUUUCAAUAUCAACAGAUUAUCAAGUAAUAAGCACCUGCGUAUUCUACACUUGGGUGAUCCGUGUAAAAGGAAUUCGAAGAAAAAAUAUAGGAAGACUCUUAGGACAAGGCAAUUAAGGUACCUCCAGAUUUCCUCUAUAUAUCUAUUCGGUAAUUUUCCCUUUAGUAGACUUUACAAUUUGCAGACAUUGGUGUUAAGUAGGUGUGGCCAUGUUCAAAAGCAUUUUAAAGAGAUUGGAUCUUUAAAACACUUGCGGCACCUUGAUAUGUCGUUUUCAGAUAUCCAAGAAUUACCUGAUUCUGUUUGGAGCCUCCACAAUUUGCAAACAUUAGAUCUCAACCAUUGUGAAAAGUUAACUACCUUACCCGACUCUGCCACUGGAUUAGAGUGUCUAAGAUUUCUUGAUAUGUCAUUUACACCUAUUGAAAAACUGCCUGAUUUUGUUACUAGUCUCCCCAGUUUGCGAACACUAGAUGUCAAUACUUGUAAGAAAUUAAAAACGUUACCCGAGUAUGUGGCAGGUCUUAAGAAUUUGAGGAUAUUUAAUUUCAAAGGAUGCCCAUUACUAGAAGCAUUAUCAGAAGAUUUUGGAGGUUUAAGUCAGUUAAGAUAUCGUAGCUAA